AUGCUUGUGUUCACGCGCGUACCCACGUGCACGGUGGUGAGUGUGACUGGCGUAGACACAUUGGCUUCGUACAAGUUUCACGAACCGCCCCCAGUGUGUUACGCCCAUCCCAGUUGUAAACUUAUCGGAGUGUGGACAAACAGACCGACAGCACAGCACGAUUACGAGAUCGGUGAUGGCGGUGGUGGAGAUAAAGAUGGCGGCGGUAAUCGCGGUAUUGAUGGUGGCGAUGGUAUUCAUGAUGUCGGCGAUGGUGGAGUGACCAGUCUCAUUCCAUCUGUGCACGGAUGUUUGAAAUCAUCUAUCUACUACCGAUCGAAAGUGCGAACUCGAUCGCAUGUGUUCGCUCCGGGGGAAUAUCAGCCACGACAAUGGGAACAUACGGCCGAGGCCAGUGGGCCAUUGGAUGUGCGAGACUUUCAGCAUACUGUGCCUAGUAAACGCUUGGUCCGGGUCACUUCACCGCAUAUUGUGUUUGAUUCGGAAGAGGCCAGAUGGAUGACUAAAUUUCCCAGUCAUUUGAUUCAACUAAAACGUGAAACCAUUUAA